CGCCUCCAUGUCGGGCCCACUCCCCCUCCCAGGACUGGUCCCACGACGCCUCGCGGCGCGCGAAACUCACUCGGCCACGAGCACCUCCGGUCGUGGCCGCCGUCGUUCCGCUUCCCUAAACCUAACGGCGGCUGGGGGCCAUCUCCGCUUCCCCUAACCCCUCAUCUCCUCCCUGCCGCCAAGAAGAAGAAGAAGACCAGAGGCUCUAGCGAUGCGGACCAGGGGCCAGACCCGCGGCGAGCCCAAACCCCCACCCGCUUCGUCCCCCGCCUCCUCAGGGAGAGGUGGAGCGGAGGAGGUUGCGGCCGGCGGCGCCAAUAAUCGCCGGAGAGCUUCGCCCGCCGCGAAAGGGAAAUCCCCCGCCACCAAUGCGAGACUGCAAAUGCCGGUUGCUGGGCAGGUGGAAUUGGAAUCCUCAUUGGGGAUCAAACGCAAAAAAGGUAAAGUCAAUACCGAACGGAAUGAUGAUACUGGUAAGAAAAGGUGCAGCGUGGGGAGUUCUGAAAAGAAAAAACUGGAGGAAAAAGAGCCGGAGGCAAUUGGUGAUAAUGAUGCUGCUGGCAUGGAAUGGGAGGAUGGGCAUGUCUCUCCGGUGGAAUGCAAAGAGGGUUAUUCCCAUGAUCUUGGUGAGACGGUCACUGUUGAGUUCACUGAUGUACCUUCAUCAACUGAAAAGAAGAGUGUUCGAAGGCAUACUGCUGAAGAGAAGGAGUUGGCUGAACUCAUGCACAAGGUCCAUUUACUUUGCCUGCUAGCAAGGGGUAGGGUAAUUGACAAGGCCUGCAAUGAUCCUCUUAUUCAGGCUUCAGUUCUAUCUGUUUUACCACAGCACUUACUGUGGAAUGGCGUAGACACUCUGAAACUGGACGCUAAUAAAUUACGUAGUCUUGUGAACUGGUUCCAUCGUACUUUCUGUAUAAUUGCACGAUCUGCUGACAAGGGGUCUUUUGAAUCAAAUAUGGCUUUCGCUCUUCAAAGUCAUGAAGGCACUGCUGAAGAGGUCUGUGCACUAUCAGUGGCACUGUUUAGGGCACUCAACUUGACAGCUAGGUUUGUUACAAAUAUGGAUGUUGUUGGACUCAAGCCUGAUGCUAAAGCAAUGGGGACACCAAAUCAAGAUGGAACUAGGCUUUCUACAAGGGCACUACCAUGUAGUCCUGUUGCUGCAGGCCAUAAUGAGUUUAAUACUCUUUCUCCGGCUCGAUUAGAAGUUAAUACGGAACAUAGAUUCAGUAGGGCUAAGCAACGAGGUGAUCUUGGAAAUUUGAAAAGAACAUCAGCUUGCAAGAGUUUGUCUAAAAACUUGUCAAAUUGCAAGGCAGAUCAAUAUGCAUCAACAUCGAAAGAUGAAUCAUCCAGCAGUCCAAAUUCAUUCACAUCCAGUAAUGCUGAAAUACCAAAAAGGAAAGGGGAUGUGGAAUUUGAGUUGCAACUGCAAAUGGCCCUUUCAGCCACUGGAGCUGAAAUUCAGGAAAUGCUAGCUGCCACAUCCAGUCAGUCAAUUGGCACCCUACUAGAUUAUACACCGCUGAAGAAAUUACGUAAAAAUGCAGAAGUUGCGUCCAACUCAAGCGCAGUUUGGUCGAGAAGUGGACCGCCAUUAUAUUGGGCCGAGGUAUACUGCGGUGGCCAGACAUUGACUGGAAAAUGGGUGCAUGUUGAUGUUGUAAAUGAUAUUAUUGACGGUGAAAGAAAAGUAGAAGCUGCUUCUGCUGUUUGCAGGAAGCCUUUGAGAUACGUUGUUGCCUUUGCUGGAGGUGGUGCUAAAGAUGUGACUAGAAGUCUGAACCGAAUGACUUGGAGCACUGUAUUGCUAGUUCAGGGACAGAGCCAGAAAUAUAUGUUUCAGGUGACCAAGGUAGUAAUAUUUGUGCACCUAUCAAACAGGCCUUCUGUACUAUUUUCAUGUGCUAGCAGAUAUCUAGCUCUGUCACUGGCGUUCUUGACUAAGGAAAUUCUUGUUAUAGGGUGGGGUUUUGGAGAGAGGUAUUGCUUGCAGUGGCACAGAAUUGUCCAGGGAAGAGUGAAUCCAGAGUGGUGGGAGAAAGUUUUGGCACCACUAGAGCAGCUCGAAUUGGCAGCAACUAAUGACUCUGAAGAUAUGGAACUUCAGACCAGGGCCCUAACAGAGCCUCUUCCUACCAAUCAACAGGCUUACAGAGACCACCACCUAUAUGCUCUUGAGAAGUGGCUGCACAAGAACCAGGUUCUUCAUCCCAAGGGUCCAGUGCUUGGCUUCUGUAAGGGGCAUCCUGUUUAUCCUAGAUCUUGUGUUCAAACACUGCAAUCAAGACACGGAUGGUUGACGGAGGGUCUGCAAGUCAGAGAAAACGAGUCGCCUGCAAAGAUUGUCACACGACCAAAGAGGAUUUUCAACUCCCAGUCGCGUGAAUCCAAUAGCAAUGAAGAUGAACUUCAGGCAACCACGGAAUUAUAUGGUAAAUGGCAACUCAAACCCCUACAACUUCCUGGUGCUGUAAAUGGCAUUGUUCCUAAGAAUGAGCGUGGCCAAGUUGAUGUAUGGUCAGAGAAGUGCCUUCCACCCGGUACCGUACACUUGAGUAAACCAAGAAUAUUCCAGGUUGCAAAGAGGCUUGGAAUCGACUAUGCUCCUGCCAUGAUUGGAUUUGAUUACCGAAGCGGUCGGUGUGCUCCAGUUUAUGACGGAAUUGUUGUAUGUGCCGAAUUUAAAAAUGCCAUUUUGGAGGCGUACAAAGAAGAAGAGGAACGGAGACAGGCUGCGGAAAGGAAGCAGGAGGAAGCUCAGGCUCUGUCUAGGUGGUAUCAGCUGCUCUGUUCUAUUGUAACGAGACAACGGUUGAAAGAGUCCUACAACGCGCGCUCAGCAGCGCUUGCGCCAGAGAGACCAGCUAAAGUUGAUAAUCCCCAGAAAAGCACCAGUGAUAGUCGAUGCUCCGGAGCGACCACGCCCAAUAAUCAUCCACGUGCGGAUCGGCUGCCAGAUCCUCGUUUCUCUGCUCAUGACCAUGAGCAUGAGUUUCCUGAGGAAGACCAGAGCUUCGACGAAGAGACGUUUGUGCGGACGAAACGCUGCCCGUGUGGUUUUUCCUUCCAAGUUGAGGAAUUGUAGUAACUUGUACUGGAAAUGUAGUACUAAUUCGACUGCCUAGCGUAGGGAGCCUCUUCAUUUGAUCAAAUUUCUCAGUACAAAACUUUGCUGCAUUUAUUUCAUCCACUGAGAAAGAAAGAAAGAAUUUGAAUGCUCAGCAAGGGGGGAAUGAUGCAGCAGACAUGAAACAUGAGUACUUUGCAACCA